AUGUUAUAAGUGUCAAACAUAAACCUCUUGCAUCAAUUACAAACAACAUGCAUAUUAACAAGCUUCGUAAUAACUCAUUAAAUAAUUCAAAUAAAGCAACUGAUAGAACUUUAAAUUACUAUUUACAUUUAAUUAAUACAUCUUGUUAUACCACACCACAUUCAUCAUCAUGUUCAACUAAUACAUAUCUAUCUAUCCUAAUACUACGUUCACCAUAUUUGACUGAUACGCCUUUAUCUAUGGCGUAUAAUGUGUAUCCAUCUAAACCACAUACUCUGCGUUCAACUAAUGCACGUUCAUUUACAUCUCACUCUAAUAAUACAAAUUUUAAUAAUAAUGUUUUUCGAUCAAAUACAUCUAAUGUGUUUCAUUUGAAUACUUCUCUAAAUGAUAAUACUGAUAUUCGUCUGAUAUUUGACACUUUCAAUGAUGAUGAGUUUCGUUCAAAUAAUACAUCUUUUUGA